UCGGCUCGGCUUGUCGCGAUCUCGCGAGAAGACGAACGAUCGCACGAAUGGGUAGACGAACGAAUAACGAGUACAAGAUCGAUGGAAGGUAACAAUCGACACAUGUGUGGAGGCACUGUUGUGAAGCACAUGGAGCUUAUAUAAAGAACAGAACCUACGCUGCUCUACUCUUAUUUGCACUAUUGCUCUCCAGCGUGUAAGGCCGUCUGUUGUUGGUAUUAAAGUAAAGCUACUACCAGCAAAGAUCCCUGGCUGGUGCAGCACGGUGUACGACUAACAUUUCCCAACAAGUGUUUUAACAGUUAUAUCGUUCAUUUUUUGGAGGGUACAUUAUAUCUCUGAAAGCAUCCUUUUUAAGGAGGCAAUAGUUUUUGAAAAUCCUCAACAGAAGAUAUUAGCAAAAAUAUACAAAUAAAGAGUGGAGAGGUACUAAACCUUCAGUGAAAUGUGAAUAUGUGCAAUAGUUUUAUAAAACUUACAAACUGAGUGCAAAAACAGUCUUUUUGUGUGGUUUUGUUCUCUAUAGUGAGGAAAUACAUUGCCGAAGUGAAUGAUGAAAAUGCUUCUCUAUACUUUCAUGUUUUUUACUCAGCGCUAAUUACCAUAUCGAUCUAGACCAGAUUUCCGGCCCAACGGUAUCGAUGCUGUAGAUGAACAAAGGCAGAUCUAGUCUGUGACUAUUAGAAAGUUGAACUAUUGAACUAUUCGCCGAUUCAACGGAUUCGAUAAGAUCGAUAAGAUAGUGUAUUGCUUCUGCUACGUCUAGCGAUCCUCCAUAGUGCAGCACGAGUCACGAUGACAACUACACCGGCAUUUACGAUGGUCUCAAAGAGGAAACGAGUCGUUAAGCUAUGCUGCCUCGGAGUACUGUUUCUAACGUUGGCCUAUGCCAUCAUUGUGAUCGAUCCCACCGAAGUGAUUGUCGAAGAUAAACUGUCCAUGUAUGAAGGAUCCUACCUAAACCGUCUGUGGAAGAAACCACCGUUAGAGGUUUUCAUCAGUAUUUACGUGUUCAACGUUACCAACCCGGAGGCAUUUAUGCGUGGUGAGGAGCGUUUACGCGUGCAGGAAAUAGGGCCGUACGUGUACCAAGAGUUUUUGGAACAUCGCAACUCUACCUUCAACGCGAACGGAACGCUCAGCUUUGUGCCUGUUCGGCGCCAGGUGUUUGUACCCGAGCGAUCCGUGGGCGAUCCGAAGGAGGAUCGGAUUAUGAUACCGAAUAUAGCAUUGCUCGGCGUUUCCAGUGCAGCCUAUCGCAUGUCCACCUUUGCCGCAUUUGCAGUGGCAGCCGCCCUGAAACCGCUUGGCAUGGCGCCGAUCCUCAACAUCACCACGCACGACCUGCUCUGGGGCUAUGAAGAUCCGCUGGUAAGGAUCGCCUCCACCUUGCUGCCGGAGCUGAUACACUUCCAAAAGCUGGGCAUAUUAGAUCGAAUGUUUGACGAUGGAUUCGACACAGUUACCAUUAACUUGCCGGAGUCGGUUCGCAACCAACGGCAGGAGGCGGAAGAUAACGUCGUAGCGGACGAUGUGUCGGAUGAUCUGGCCGAGAGCCUGCAGGAAGAAUAUUAUCAUGAUAUGGUGCAGCAUUCGAGAACCGAGGAACCGAUCCGGGACUAUUCGAUCGACGUGUGGAAUGGAUCGCCAGGUCUAGCCCAUUGGGGUUACGUUGCAAAAGAUCAUUGGGAUGCUGAUACAAGAAACACACCAUGCAACACACUGCAAGGAUCCUACGAUGGAUCCGUUUUCCCCCGAAACAUAUCCAAAACGGAAGUGUUCAAAGUGUAUCGCAAAGCAUUCUGUCGCACAUUGCCGAUCGCCUUCGAACGGGAAGGAGAGGUGGAUGGCAUCAAAGCGUACUGGUUUUCGAUCCAAGAGAACGCAUUCGAAAGCUCCGUUGAUGAUCCAUACACUUCGUGCUACUGUAAAAGCAAUCAGUGCCUACCGAAAGGGCUAGGAGAUUUGAGUCCGUGCUGGUACAACAUACCCGUAGCAGUCUCCUUGCCGCAUUUCUACAAAGGUGAUCCUACUCUCUCGCAGGCGAUUGACGGGUUGAGCCCCAACAAGGAAAAACACGACGCUGUUAUCAUUAUGCAACCGGUUAGUGAUAAUCAUCGCCACGAUGCAACGAUGCAAUCAUACUCAAAUGCACCGAUCCCUAACAAUUUCAUCAUCUUUUGCUUCUGGCAGCAACUUGGCAUCCCGAUGAAAGCAAACAUCCGCGUCCAAAUCAGUCUUUUAACAAAUGUGAGCUUCAACUCGGAGCUGAGACCGUUUCACAACACUGUCAUUCCAUUGAUAUGGGCGGAAAUGUCGCUGGAAAAGCUCACGCCCGAACUAAUAUUGCUGCUGAACCUCCUGUUUGGCAUUGCGCCAUACCUGCAGAUAGGAUUCAUAUGCAUACUCGCAUUGCUGGGAGCCUCGUUACUGGCUACGGCGGCCCUAGUACUGCUGUGCUCGUCGGAAGUGGCUACGUUUGAGUACGAUCCGCGAAAAUCCAUUCGAUACUCGACCGUCAACAUGAUCCCGUACCCGUUGCGCAAAGAGCUGGAGAAAUAUGGCGAACCUGAGAUAAUACGGCGCGAGCCGCUGCUGAUAGAAAAUAGUGCAUAAUGAGCGUUUCUACUUAGCCCUAUUCGAAACCUUGUUCGACAAGGUAUUUGCCUUUAAGCUCCCUGUGUAGGUUAUAGGUGUUAUGGAAAAGAACAAAAGGACUGACAAUUUAUUCUUAUAGAAUAACUGCACUUACAGUUCUUUCGAGUGGCAACAAACGAUUCCUCUUGCUGCUCCACCACAGACUGUGGAGCGCCUCGUACACACUCAUUACGUUAGCAUCAUUGUGAUAUACUGUUUUAGUGGUAAGCUAGACGUAAACAAUGCAGUGACCAUGUGUAAGACAUUAACAACUCUUGCUUAGUAUUUUCCUAUCGUUACAAUGGGGCUGUUACGGUUGAGCCAAUCAAUACAGCUUUAGUCAAUCGAAGUAUAUGAUUCGUAAAGAUAGAAGAAUCUUGUUACACAGAUGUACAAAUAGUGAAUAUGGUGUUGUAUGUAUGGUAUACUGGAAAAAAAAACUAUGUAAAUAACACUGUUGUGAAAUGGAAUGGAUGGUAAUAUUAAACUUAUUCGAAAAAAAAUCAACAAACAGUUUCUCAUUUUGUACAAUUACUCCACAGAGUUGAAAAUAUUGCAGUGAAUUGUGGAUGUUUUUAGCUCGUUUUUUUUGUUUUUUGUGCAGGAUCAAAUCCCAUCCGGAUCUUUUAAUCAUGCGGUAUAUUAAGACUAAGCAUGCAGGUAUAUUAAGUGUAUUAAGUCAAGGAAGCCUGAAAUAGUUAAAAAGGAAAUACAAAGAAGAGUCACUAUAAAAUAAUUAUAUAAAAUGCACCUUUAAGAUGAUUUAAAUGCUUGGAAGGUGAGUACCGCAACAGUACCGAAGUCGUGGGACGUUGAGGUCGAUAGUGUGUGUUAUAACAAGAAUUAUUCGCUCUACAUAUGCUAUCCAUUUCAUUUGCGUGAAAUUGUGUGCAAUUACGGAUGAGAUUUUACGUUUGAAUCGAUGUUAUAUAAAAGAAGAGUGUUCAUUUCACCUGUCAUAUGAGGUGAAAUCUCGCUAGUGCAAUAAAAUAUAGUUUUUUUAUGAUUGUAAUUUUUGUUUAUGCAUAGUAUUGCUCAAAAUGUAAAUGGAUGUGCACUCAUAAUAAUUGUGGUAAAAUUUUGCAUUUUUUGAAUGCAUCAUAAAUUGCAUCUCCGCUUGCUCCCCGUUCCUUUACAAACGUGCGGGCAUGUCAAACUUAUUUUACUAGCGGACCACUUUAUAAUCAGUUAAGGCUUGGGCAGCAUCAAAGGGCAGCGUAUAUUAGCAAAGGCCAGCAAAUAAUAGCAUUUAAACUUGAUGUAUUUGUUUUAAAGGUUGUUAUAAUGAACAAAAAACUUAAUUUAAUGAGGCAAUAAAUGCACGAAAAGAUGAUGGAGGAUACAAAAAGAGAUAAAAUGAGCUAAUGAAUAAUACCAGGGUUUUGCAAACUUGAAAAAAACCUUUUGAAUUAGUAUUAGAACAUUAUUAAAAUUAUUUUUGGAGUUAGUUUAAUUAUCUCCACACGCCUUUGACGCAAUAUUGUCCGAACCUUACCGUAAUGCUGGGUAAUUUUCGUAAAUAUAAAUGUUUU